AUGAAACCAGUUGCCAUCUGCGAACUUGUGGAACAAUACAUGCAGAAGUACUUCAAAAUUGAGGGCGAAAUCGACAAACAGCCGAAAGGAACACCAGAGGGAUCAACAAUGUUUGGAUUCAUGGCAGAAGCCGUAAUGCAGAAGGUGGAAAAAAGUACUACCAAGAAAAAUGCCAAAACUGUUGCUCCGAUACGUCGACGACACACUCGUAAUCUUGAAGAAGUUGGAGUCAGACAGAUCACACAAAAUCAUCAAUAA